CCCUUACCAAAAUGUCUGCCCCAACCACCGACGGCGACUUCCUCUCUCGAGUCAAGAAAACCACCCAUUCACUCACCGCUAGGCGUCGCCCUUGGGCUGACUUCCUUGACCUCUCCGCAUUCAGUCUCCCUCUUUCACUCUCUGACGCCACCACGCGCAUUACCCAAAACCUCACUCAUUUUCGCGUUAAUUACACUAUAAUCCUCUUAUUGAUCCUCUUCUUAAGCCUAAUCUACCACCCCAUCUCACUAAUCGUCUUUCUACUGUUGCUUGUCGCGUGGUUCUUCUUCUACUUCGCGCGCAACGACGCGCUGACGGUCUUCGGGUUCGUUGUCGACGAUCGUGUCGUGGUGGGUGCGCUUUUUGCGGUGACGGUAACGGGUUUAGUUUUGACGCACGUGUGGGUGAAUGUGCUGGUUUCCAUGUUGAUUGGCGUUGCUUUGGUAAUUUUACAUGCGGGAUUCAGGAAUACGGACGAUCUUGUUAUGGAUGACCAAGAGUCGCCUUAUGGGGUUUUGCUUGAUGAUCUUGAUGAUAGCCCACAUGGGGCUUACACUGGUUUUUGAUUUUUCUAAAUAUUGUCUAGUGAACACUGAACACGUUGCUAUUCAUAAAAGAAUUAAUUUUACAUUGUUUCCUGCUUAAUUGAUUCCGUGUAUGUUAUACUAGGCUUGAAUUUGUAGUUCUUUAGAUUAUCAGUUUGUAUGCAGAAAUCUUUAAUGUCAUCCUGGCUUCUUUAGUUGGUAA